GGGAGAAGUAGGGGGAAAGCAAAUAUCGAGAUUUUGUCAAAUUAAUUACGCCAUAUGCAUGCAGAUCAUUUGUCAUCCUUACAAAAUCAUUCGGUGAAUGGUAAUUUUAUUCUUUUGCUUUAAUUUAACGAAAUGGUACAAAGUUUAAACCUUAACGCCAUUAUUAACUCAAUAAAAGUUUUUAGAAAAACGCAUUUAUGCAUUCCUCAUCUCAUUGUUAAUGAUAUUCGAAAUAUAAAUUUUUAUGAGUUAAAAAACCUUGGAAUAAAUGCAUUGGCAUUUGAUAAGGAUAAUACACUUACGACCCCUUAUUCUGAUGAAAUUUAUCCACCUUUUAAGAGCGCAUGGGAAGAAAGUAAAAAAAUAUUUGGAAAUGAAAAUUUAAUUAUUGUGUCGAAUAGCUCGGGAACAGGGGAUGAUCCAGGAUUCAUUCAGGCCGAAGCAAUCGAAAAAAGUCUAGGCGUCUAUGUAUUAAGACAUAUGUCAAAGAAACCUUCAUGUGGGCAAGAAUUGCUUUCUCAUUUUGCGGCAUAUAACCCACAUACGAUAGCAAUUAUAGGAGAUCGCGUGUUUACAGAUGUAUUAUUUGGAAACUUAAAUGGAAUGUUUACAGUACUUACGAGAAAAAUCAUUUCAAAAAAACGAGAUAAUUUCAUGGCCACAAUGAUACGUCGUGUUGAAUACAAAAUGUUGGAUUAUUAUAUCGCUAAAGGUAUAAAACCCCCGUUUCAUCCGUUUUUGAAGAACAAAGAUUCUGGAUUUUUGAAAAAAGAAUAAAAUAUUUACUUGCAAUAAAAAUGCACGUGAGAACCACCACUUCGGAAAAUCUUGAAAAAAUAAUUAUUAUAAAUCAAAUCUACAUCUUUGAUUGUCUUU